UGGAGACACCCAACCAACCGACGGCUUGCAAAAUGAUAGCAUCAUUACAAAUCGGCCAAUCAGAAGCGGGCAUGAAACAAACCACGAGCUCAGAGUUUUUACACAACAGAAGAGUGCCAUUGUCAGGAGUGUAACGUGCCAGAAAACAGUUCGUAUAGUGUUAGUAUUUUAUCCUCAGUAUCGUGAGCAUUCUGUUCAGUUUAACAUAUCUCUCACAGGAACUGAAUAAAUAUUUGGAAGAAAGCAACUUUGAGCAUUAGCCGGAGUAAACCUGACUGAACAGCAAUGAGUGACCCUGAGCCUGCAACAUUUGCAUCUGUUGAACAAGAGAGGGACUACUGGAAGGAACAGGCUGCCAAAUACCAGCAAAGGGCUGAGGAGGCGCAGGAGGAGCUGCAGGAGUUUCAGCAGAUGAGUCGAGACUAUGAGGCAGAGCUGGAGGCAGAGCUGAAGCAGUGUGAUGCACGUUAUCGCGAGCUUCUUACAACCAACAACAGACUCCGCAUGGAACUAGAAAAUUACAAGGAGAAGUAUGAAACGCAACACACUGAGGCAGUCAGGCAGAUCUCAACUCUAGAAGGAGACCUGGCAGAGACCACAGCCAUCAAAGACCAACUGCACAAAUAUAUCCGGGAGUUAGAGCAAGCCAACGAUGACCUGGAAAGAGCUAAGAGGGCGACUAUAAUGUCACUUGAGGACUUUGAGCAGAGAAUGAAUCAUGUUAUAGAGAGAAAUGCCUUCCUUGAGAGUGAGCUUGAUGAAAAAGAGAAUCUUCUAGAAUCAGUACAGAGAUUAAAAGACGAAGCCAGAGAUUUAAGACAGGAACUGGCUGUACAGCAGAAACAGGAGCGCAAGCCAUCGAUCAGCCUUCCUAAAGAUGUAGAGAAGCCAGAGGCCACACCUGCAAGACCCUUGUCUGUUGUUACCUCCGCCCUCCCAUCUCUCCAUGCCACACCCUCCAGACCUCCAGGCUCAGGGACUGCAUUCAACACCCCCUCAGCUUCCUACAGCAGAAUUGAAGGUCUGACUGGAACUCCUCUCACCACAUCUGCAAGGAUAUCUGCCCUCAACAUCGUUGGAGAACUGUUGAGGAAAGUUGGGAACCUUGAAUCGAAGCUGGCAUCGUGCAGAGAGUUACACAUCCAUGAGAAAACACCCAGCCGUGCAUCGAUAAGCCAGGGUACACCGAGCAUUUCACGGGAAACCCCAGAAAUCCCAUCCAACACAAAUGGAUUGUAUGAUAAGGGGAUGGUGAAACGGUUGGACUUUGGAACAGGACCCAAGAUAAUGCUGUGAAUAAAGAACUGAAUCAUAUCUUAUGCCCCAAGUCUUCCACUAUCUGAGAAGGGGUCUGCUUUUACAUUUAUAUCAACCCUGUUAUUGUGUCUGUGGACUGAAACUGCUACCUGUUGUUUUACUAUUUUGUUGGAGAUUUGCGUUGUGUUUUGCAGAUGUACCAUCUCUUAAAUUCACAUUGUUUGUUUUUUAUUUUUGUUUAUGUUGUUUUUAGAUAUCUUGUGAUUUAUAGCAGUAUAAAAAUGUAUCUGCACUGUAAUUUUUAUUUGCUCUUUUUGGGGCCAUAAAUUGGGAGACUGUUACAGGUGACUAGCAGAUUUACCCCUGCAGUCCCAUUUAUAUUUGGCACUAAACUACUGAUCAAUGUCCAAUGAAACGUCAACUGCUUAUUGCUUAUUGCUUAUUGUUGGUCACAGGACUGGAGCAAGGUAUAUAGCAGGUUCAUUUUUAAUUCAGAAAUACCGGAGUUUAUUUUUUAGAAACUAGCAUUUUAAUGAUAUAUGAGUUUGUUACUAACUGAAUGUCAUGUCUUUAGUGUUUUGAUUUAAAAAUUCUAAGGAGGUUGGUGAGAUGUUAUCAGCUGAAGCUGUUGUUCAUAUCGUUGCCUUGUAGGGGCUGACACAAGUAACCAACAGUAGCCGAAAUGUUUAUGCAUGAUCCUCUCUGGGGCCUUUUUGUUUCUAGUAAUAGCUAGUGAACUCAGUCAGUGCCAUCUUUGUUUUCAAAGAUUACAGUGCUACAGUACUGGAGAGUAGUUGCUGUCAUAUCAUGCGCUGAACAUGAAUUUAAUGUGCCUUAAUUUUGUGGCCAUAAUAAGCUUUGCCUCAGAGUUAAUUUGGAGAUUGGGGAACUUACUAGCCUGAAGGGAGUUGCAGCUUCUCUCGCUAUUCUUCCCAAUGUAUUAAUUCUCUGAUAUGUCAGGGAUUCCAUGAAGAGGAGAAAGUGAAUUCUGAGUAGAGUUUAAUUGCUUAGUUUUCACAUUUCUCUUUGAGUUGUAGAUUUAAAUAACAAGCAAUAUGAAUACUUCAGUGAAGGGUACAGAUAUUUUUAUGUUAAAAAUAGAAAUGCAAGGAAGAAUUGAUACAUUAUAUUAUCCAUUUUUGCCUAGAGGUACUAAUUAAAAAUUAUAGAAAUAGUUUGAUGGUUGAUAGGAAAAUUUAGCACACUUGAUCGCACCAUCUCAGGGCCUCAUGUAAGCAAUAACCUCACUAAAGAAGUCAUUACAGUUCAAAUUCUGUCGAGUAAUUUGUCUCUGUAUGCAGAAGACAUGCACAAUUGCCAAUUACUGUCAUCAUGGGUUUUCUUUGUUAUUAAUGAACCUAAACAUCUGCAAUGUCCAUGCAUUCCUCAGCAAAGGCAAUGCUUAGUUUAUCCUGUCUGUAAAACCAUUUCAUUGUUGGUUAAUCCAUAACCUUCAAAAUAAAUGUGUAGUUAACA